AACUGCAAGCUGGCCUAGCCUACUAUUAAUUUUAAAAGUACAGUCACAGUCCUACAGGUGCUGCCUUGGAAGAUGCGUUUGCUUUUGUCGGAUUAACGGUCCAUCUACUUUUGGAAUUGCAGAGAAAAUCCCCCCAGUUGGAAGGUAGAGAAGUGUGGUCAGUGGUCAAUAAGUCAAUUACACAAUCCUAUUUUAUUUUAACAAUUAUUGUGUCCACACGGUGGUGCGUUGACUUUUGUGCAACUUUGAGUUAUUCACUGAAAUCUCUUAAUAAAAAAUUCUUAUGUUAUCUUCAGUUUUCUUCCCAGAAUCAUUCAGAAACCACUCAAAAAUUCUUUCACUCACAGUCCUCUCUGAAACCACAUCCUUUGAUUUCUUCAGUUUGCACCUUACUUGCCUUGUUACUUUACUUUCGCUCUUUUACUUUCUUUAUAUCAAAUUAUAUUUUUGCACAUUUCCGGCUCUCUUUAUUUUUGAAAAAAAAAUUCCGUUUCAAUAUUUCUCAUUUCUUAAAAAAAAAAAAACUGCUUUCAUCCGGUUAUUUCUCGUUUACUAGAAUUUUUUUUACAUUUCUCUUAUUUAUUAUUAAUUUCGACAAUUCUGUUUACUCUUUUUCUGGGGAUUUUUUCAUCUGCUGUACUUCUCAUCUGUUUUUCAAACUUAAAAAAAAAAAAAAAAUUUAAAUGGUUGAUGUUGGCGGAAGUAUUGGGGGUGUGUUGAGUCCUGUCCUUGGAGUUGGCAAUUGGUUGGCUGCUCCAAUCUGGCGUCAAUUCAAGUAUUUGUACAACUAUAAUACCCAUUUCAAAAAUCUGGAACAACAAGUCGAUAAACUGAAGAAUACAAGAGACGAAGUUCAGCAUAAGCUUACAGCUGCUGAAAGAAAUGUGGAAGAGAUCAAACAGAAUGUUAAAGACUGGCUGAAGAAUGUGGAGAAGACAAUUACAGAAGCAGAGCAGUUGAUUCAAGAGAAAGCAAACAACCCUCGAUGUUUCAAGGGAUUGUGCCCCAACUACAAACAAAGCAAAAAAGCUUUCAAAUUAAAGCGGAAUGAUAUUGAUCCACUCCUCCAGCAAGAAAAGGAAUUCGAUCAAGUUUCCUUUCCUACUAUUCAACAAGAUAUCUGGCUUAGAUCUAGUGAAGAUUAUUUGGCAUUCGAAUCAAGAACCUCCACUGUGAAGAAUGUAUGGGACGCUUUAAAUGACGAGAAUGUCUACAUGAUUGGUGUUUACGGGAUGGGUGGCAUUGGGAAGACCACUCUUGUGCAACAAGUUGGUAGGAAAGCAGAGAAGGAUAAGCUAUUUGAUGACAUUGUUUUUGUUAAGGUAACACAAAAUUUGGAUAUAAAAAAAGUUCAAACAGAAAUUGCAGACAAGUUAGGCAUAAAAUUCAGUAACGAGACUGAAAGAGCAAAUAAGUUAUAUGAGAGAUUGCGGAGUGGUAAGAAAAUCCUUUUAAUUUUAGACAAUAUUUGGAAAGAUGUUGAUCUCAAGACUAUCGGUAUUCCUUCUAAAGCGGAUUGUGGAGGAUGUAAACUAAUAUUCACAACAAGAAAUUUAGAGGUAUUGGAGAAGAUGGGUUCUACAAAUAAUUUCAUGAUGGGCAUUUUAGCAGAAAAAGAAGCUUAGAACCUAUUCACUAAGAUGGCAGGUGAUGUUAUUCAUACAAGUGAAUUGGAUACUCUACCGAAUGAUGUAUGCGAGCAAUGCAAAGGGUUACCUAUUGUUAUUUGUGCUAUAGCUAAAGCAUUAAGAAAUAAGAGUCAUCGAUCUGAGUGGAAUGUAGCCUUACAAGAAUUGAGUGCACCUUCACCAUCCAAGUUUGGAGGAUUCCUAGAAGAGGAAUAUGUGAAUUUAGCCUUAAGUUACAAAUAUUUAAGAAAUGAUGAACUUAAGAAAAUGUUUUUAAUUUCUAGUCUAAUGGAAAAUAAUGCUUCCAUUUCAGACUUGCUCAGACAUGUUGUGUGUCUGGAUAUACUUGAUGGUGCUAACCUGACAAUGGAAGACGUGCGUGAUCAACUAGAUAAAUUGGUACGUGACCUCAAAGAUGCUAGUUUGUUACUUGAUGGCGUUACAAGCAAACAAUAUGCUAUGCAUGAUGUUAUUCGUGAUGUUGCUAUGACAAUAGCUUACGUCGAUCAUCAUGUAUUUACAACAAGAAAUGAUAUUGAACAGGAUUGGAAGGAUAGAGACAAACUCAAGAAAUCCACAAGAAUCUCCCUCUCUGGUAGUACUACUAUUAUUAGUCAACUUUGGCCUAACGAUUUGGAUUGUCCAGCUCUUGAAUAUUUCUAUAUGUCUAACUCUAAUUUCAAAAUCCCAGAGGACUUCUUCAUAGUGAUGCCGAAGCUCAAAGUUUUAAAUUUCGUUUCACUACAACGUUUGUCAUUGCCGUCAUCCCUUCAUCUUUUGAAAAACCUUCAAACACUAUGUUUAGAUGAUAGCACAAUUAAAGAUGUUGUUGAUAUUGGAAAGCUAAAGAAACUAAAAGUCCUUAGCUUGAAACAUUCAUUUAUUAAGGAGUUGCCCGUAGAAAUUGGUCAAUUGACUGAACUCAAGUUAUUAGAUUUAAGCAAUUGUAAACAAUUGCAAGUUAUUGUGUCAAAUGUCAUAUCAAAACUAUUGCAAUUGGAGGAAUUUUAUAUAAAGGGUUGCCCUAUUCAGUGGAAAGUUGAAGUACUCAAAGAAUUAAAGCUCUUGUCUAAUCUCACAAGCAUAGAAUUGGAUGUUAGAGAUAACAUGGUGCUACCUAAAACCUUAUUUGCCAAAGAGCUUAAAAGGUACAAAAUAUUAAUAGGAGAUUGUUUCUUCCUAUUUCCAGAAAAUAAGGAACAUGAGCUUUUGAAGAUAUUGGAAGUUAAAUUUAAUUCUAUCAAGUCACUAGAAGAAUUGCAUGGAUUCAAGAAUGUUGAACUCUUACGCUUAGCUGAAUAUUUAGAAGAUGAGAACUAUGUUCAAGAUUUAAAUUUUGAUUUGCAGUCCAAUGAAAUCAUGCCUCUGUUUAAUAAAAAGGUAACUGAAUUGGUGCUCAAAAGAUUACCAAAACUUACAAUUUUCUAUCUAGGAAUACAUGUUUCAGAAUUCCCAAUGUUAAAAAGGUUGGUGAUAGAAUAUUGUGAAAAUUUGACUUCAAGGUAUUUGGGCUUGCAAGAUGAUAACAAGAAGGGUGCACCUCAAAUAUCAGAGUCAAAUUUCCUCUGCUUAGAGCAUAAGAUCAACCACAAUUUGGAGGCAUUUGAAUUACAGGAUGGUGUGAGAAAGAUUUGUUGGCAAUAUAAAGCUCUUAAAAUCUGGCAGGACCACUCAACAAAUAUUCCAGUUAGACUCCUUCAAAGAUUUGAAAGUUUGAGAUUGCUCGAACUAUCUUUGUGUGAAUACAAUGAAAUUAAGAAUGUAUCUAAUCUUCCAAAUCUUGAACAUCUACAUGUAUUAUUUUGUAGAAAGCUAACAAGUCUAGUGCCAUCUCCAACUUCUUUUCAGAAUCUUAAAGUUCUUAAACUCUGGGGUGAGAAUGGGCUAAUUGCCUUAACAACACCCUCAAUGGCUAGAAGUUUGGUGCAAUUAAGAGAAUUAAGCAUAUAUCGUUGUGGAAUGUUGGUUGAAAUAGUAGAAAAUGAGGGAGAUGCAACAACAAGUACCAAAAUUGCUUUUGGCAAUUUGAAGUUGUUGUCACUUCAAUGGUUAAAAAGUCUCACAUGCUUUUGCCCUGGGAAUUACUUUAUCAAUUUGUCAUCACUAGAAGUAUUAAUUAUAAAAGGAUGUCCCAAUAUGAAGACUUUUUCUCAAGGAAUUUUAAACACUUCAAAGUUACACAAAGUCAAUUACGAGGAAAUGGAAGUGGAGAAUGAGGAGAAUGACCUUAAUAAGACCAUACAAGGAUUGUACAAAAAGCAAAACCAGGAAAUCUCCCUUGAUUUAAAGUGCAAGACAUUCCAAGAUGAUAAUUCUACAAAAAUUUGCUACAACCAACAUCCAACUUCCUUCUAUCAAAAUUUGACACACUUGAUCCUAUGGAAUUGUGGAAAUAUAAAAUAUGCAUUUCCACCUUCCAUUGCCAAAAGUCUCUACCAACUCCAACAACUAAUGAUAGGGGAUUGUAAGGUUUUAGAAGAGAUUGUUGCAGAAGAAGAAGGAGCAAAUGUUGUUGUCAAUUUUGUCUUUCCGAAUUUAACCUUAUUGAAGCUUCAAAAUCUACCAAAACUUACAGCUUUCUACCCUAAAAUACAUACUUUACAAUGUCCAAACUUGAAAGAGUUGGUGGUGAGAGAUUGUGCCAUGUAUCUGAGCUUUGGAAACAACACUAAGGAGAGUUAGAUUAAUAUUGUAGAUCCAAAAUUUAUCUUCUUGGGUGAAAAGAUCAACUCCCAUCUGGAGGUAUUCGAAUUAUGGAAUGGUUUAGCAAGUAUUACUUGGCAAAAUCAAUGUAAAACUCUUCAAAUCUCUAGAGAUGAAUCAGCAUAUAUUCCACUUAGACCCCUUCAGAAAUUUUACAAUCUGAGAGGACUUGAAUUGUAUAUCUGUAAUUACAAAGAAAUUAAGGGCCUAUAUGAUCUUCCAAGCCUUGAAGUUCUAAAUGUAUCUUGCUGUAAAAAAUUGUUGAGUCUAUUGCCAUCUACACCUUCUUUCCAAAAUCUUAAAGUUCUUCAAGUGUUUAAUUGCAAUGGGUUGGUUCACUUAACAACACCUUCAACGGCUAGAAGCUUGGUGCAAUUGAGAGAAUUGAAAAUAUCAAAUUGUCAAAUGCUGAUUGCAAUAGUAGAAAACAAGGGAGAUUCAACAUCGAGUUGUGAACAAGUUGUUUUUAACAAUUUGAACAAGUUGUCAUUCGAAUAUUUAGGAUGUCUCUCAUGUUUUUGCUAUGGGAAUUACUCUUUCAAUUUUCCAUCUUUGGAGGAGUUAAUUAUAGAAGAUUGCCCCAUUAUGAAGUCCUUUUGUCAGGGAAUGUUAAGCACAGCAAAAUUACACAAAGUCAACUAUGAGGGAAAGGAGGUUGAAAAUGGAGGGAAUGACUUGAAUAUAACUAUACAACAAGCACACAAAGAAAAGGUUGACUUCAAUUUAAAGGUACUAAAAUUAAGUGGAAGGGAUAUCAUGUCAAUUUGGCAAGGAGAGUUUCAUGAUGAGAAGUUUGGCAAAAUGGACACUCUUGAAUUGAUUAAGGAUGAAUAUCCAUAUGUUCCAAUUCAAAUCCUUCAAAAAUUUAUCGGUCUUGAAAACCUACUAUUGAAAGUGAGUUCAUACGAAGAGCUAUUCUCAUUUGGAGAAAUUGAGGAGGACGUUAAAGUAUUCACAAACUUAAAACAAUUGAACUUGUGGGGUCUUUUUAAUUUAAAGUGCAUUUCAAAGAAAGACUCCCGAUUAAACUCAAUUCUUCAUAAUCUUCAUUCUUUAGACGUAAAGUAUUGUCACAGUUUGAUUACAUUGUUGCCGCCCUCACCAUCUUUUGAAAAUCUAAGAACUUUGAGUGUAAGUCAUUGUAAUGGAAUGCAAAACUUAUUGGCAUCCUCAACAGUGAAAAGUCUAGUGUGCCUUGAAAGCUUGUCAAUAGAAGAAUGUGAAAUGAUGAUAAAAGUAUUAGCAAGUGAGAGAGAUAUAGAGAAAGGUGAAAUUGUUUUUGAGAAAUUGUUGAACUCAACCUUGUUGGGUUUAGAAAGCCUUACACACUUCUACUAUGGGAAUUACAUCUUAAAAUUCCCAUUAUUGGAAAGAUUAUCUGUAAGAAGAUGCUUCAAGAUGAAGACUUUCUCAAGAGGAGGCUUAAGCAUGCCAAGGUUACUACAGAUUGUGCAAAGUUAUGGGAAAUAUUCCCAUGGUAGGAAACUGCAAAGUCAUAUAGUAAGUGUGUGAUAUUAGAUGAGUUUACAUUUCCUUUUAAACAUAAUUUAUAAGAAAUCCAAUUUAUUUGAUAGAUUUUGGGUAUAUAUUUUAAGAAAAUGGAAGGUUAAAUAUAAUAUUAAUUAAUGAUUUAAGGGACUACUUUAUAUAUCUCAAGCCAAGAUUGAAAUGAUAUAAUUAUAUGAGGACUAUAGUGAUAUUAUCCAGUUAUUUUUACCAUCAAUUUCAAACCAUCGUAACAACCACAUUUUAGAGUUGGACUUGAGUGAAGCUGACUCAAACUCCAAUGUCAGCUAACAUUAGAAUGUGGAAGGACUUUGUUGUGACUUGUGAGACUAUUUAUUUGAUGAUAAUUUGAUUUGGAAGGACUUUGUUUUAAUACUAUUUAUAUGUCCGUGUGUAUGAAGCCUUGUUGAUAUAAUAAUGAAUACCCCAACUUACUAAAUUGUUCGCUUAUUUGGAUUCUUAGUCAAUAAUUCAAAGCUUGUCCUUCCCUUGUAGUCUUAUUCCUUUUCAAAGCUUUUUCUCUUCCGGUUGUUCUUCAUUUUGUUCAAUGAUGCUUUGGUUCAGAAAGCUAGAAAUGGCAAUGCAUGCUAGGCAGUGAUCUUAUACAUUCAAUUACACUGUACAAGUGUUUAAAGUUUUCUUUUCUUGGUUUGGGUUUUGUGUUUUUUGGUGCUUUCAAUUGUAUUGGUAGUUAAACAUUGUACAAGUGUUUCUAGGCUUACAUACACAUUGGUAUCGGUAUAUAUGGAUAUUCAAAGAUGUUGAUUCUGAUAAUUUAUCUGUUCCUACUAUUCUAUCUAUUCAUUAUUUCUGCACCUUCAUCACUGAAUUGGGAAAUUAGCUUUUUGCAGCAAUCUUUGCACAGGUUGUUGUCAAGAAGCAAACACAGAAGAAUAUUGCAGACUACAUUGUUGAUGUAAUUUCUAAACGUGCUGGCUUCAGUUAGAACUAUGGAGACAUAUUCAUUCCAAAAGGUCUAAUUGAUUCAUUCUUGAGACACUUUUCUCUGAAGUAUUAGAUAUAUAGAUAACAACAUCUGAAAGUGUCAAAUUAUCACCUUUAGUCUAUUGACAGAACUAAAAUCUCAAAUUUUCCUAUUGAAUGAACCAAACUUCCAUAUUUUUCUAUAAAAAAGACCAAAUUUUCAAUAUUUCCUAUUGAAAGUAUUGAACAAAUACAAUUAGUAUUGUUUAUUUUACUUUAUUUUGAAAACAAAGAGAUUAGUUUGAUACCUUAAAUAGGAAAUGGUUGUUCUUUUCAAUAGAAAAAAUGUGAUAGUUUAAUAUCACCUAAUGUACUUAUUCCUCUCUCUCUCUCUCUCUAUAUAUAUAUAUUUGACACACACACACACAUUUGUUUUCCUUUAGAUUUGUGACUCUGCAAGUCAAAUUGAACUGUCUUUGUAAUUCCUGUAUUUUUCUUUACCUCAUUGUGGUUUGAAAAUUGGUAUUAAAAUGACCAUCUUUUGGGAAGAUAUAAUGAGAGUAAUUUAUGAUUCGGGGCUUGGUAGGCAUGCUAGGGUGAGUUCCAUUAUUGAAGGGAACAAGUGGUGUUGGUCAUGUACCAAUACAAUUGAGCUCAUGGAAAUAAGAGGAAUAAUGCUAGGGAGUCCAUUGGAGGUGAAGACAAGGCACUAUGGGUUCCUAACACUUGCACAGGCUUCACAUGUACUAAUGCUUAAGAGGUGCUCCAUGGGAGAAAGAUCAAGUUAAAUGGAGUAAUCUUAUGUGGCAUAAGUACAAUAUCCAAGACAAUCUCUUAUUUCUUGGCUGGCUUUAAAGGCGUGGCUUAUUACCAAUGAUAAACUUGUGAGGUGGGGCAAGUUGGAUAGUGCAUUAUGUGUCCUUUAUAAUAAAGAGGAGGAAAGUAUCGACCAUCUCUUUUUCAAGUGUGAUUUUAGCUGCGAUGUUUGGAAUAGCUACCUUGAUGGCUAUGGAACUAGUCCAUGUGAAGCCUUUGCUACUUUAAACAAGGAUAGGAAAGUUAUGUUGAUAGAAUUACCCAUAAAUGGAGAGACAAUUCCCUUUAAAAUACUUUAAGUAAGAUAGGCCUUACAUACGCCAUAUAUAUAUUUGGAGGGAGACGAAUAACCGAGUGUUUGCUCAAGAGACUUCCACAAAAGAGAUGUUGGUAACUAAAGCAAAGAGAGAUGUUAGGGAUAGAGCUUCGAACAUCAACAAGAUGGUGCCUUCUAAGGAGAACUAAUGGCUUGCCACAAAAUGACUUCUCUCGCCAUGCAUUUUCAAGCAGAGAAAGGUCAAUGCUCCCUUUAACCGAGUCUAGAGGUUCUUCCGAACUAUUGUUUUUACGUUGAGUUGUAUUAUUGCAUUGAUUUCGUAGUGCCAAAGUUGUAGUGCUCAUUCUUUGUGUAUGGGUCUACCCGGGUUUUUGUCUAUUUUGGCUUUGUUUUUUGAAUUUUUUUGUUUUUUGAAUACAUCAUCUUACUUAUCAUUUAAAAAGACAAAACCUAGGAUGUUUUCUUAUGAUUUGUGAUGAGAAUAACGGAAUUAUUCAAUAAUGAUCUGAUAAGGAUGAUCUGGGAA